GCCAAGAUCCUCUCGGGUAGAUGGGUCUAUAAGCUCAAGACCGAUGCCAAUGGCAGACCUGCCAAGUUCAAAGCACGUUGGGUGGCCCGAGGUAAUACCCAGAGAGAAGGCAUUGAUUAUGAGGAUGCGUACGCCGCCACCGGCCGCUACGAGACCCUCCGAGUACUCCUUGCAGUCAUCACAUUGAAGAAGCUAUAUUCGACGCAUUUAGACGUCAAUUUGGCCUAUCUCAAUGCGAUUUUGGAAGAGGAAACGUACAUGCAAUACCCCGACGGUCUCGACUUUCAUGGCGUCGAACCUCACGGUAAUGUCUGUCGCCUUCGUAAGAGUCUAUACGGCUUGCGCCAGUCAGCAGCCAAUUGGUAUAAGACCCUUAGCAGCUUCCUCCUUUCCAAAGGCUUCAAUGCCUCAUCCUCUGAUCCAUGUCUAUACGUACGCCACGAGCAAGGGGGUGGAAUUACCAUCAUCUUCGUCUACGUAGAUGAUAUGUUGCUCGCAUCGACGUCUCCAACAACGCUUCAGAGAGUCAAGGAAGCGAUCGCUAAGCAAUGGUCUAUUUCAGACCUAGGUGAAGUCUCUCACUACCUUAGCCUGAAGAUCCAACGUGACCGUGAAGCCGGAAUCAUGAAAAUAGGCCAAAAAGCCUAUAUUGACAAGUUUCCUGACGUCCCAGCAACCUCUCCAAGACCUUUCAUCCCAUUCAGUCCUAGCACCGAGCUUAGGAAAGCCGAUGAACCGGCAAACCGUGAAAACGUGAAGACCUACCAGUCUCUCACCGGUAGUCUAAUUUACGCCAGCACGGUCUCACGUCCUGAUCUCUCCCUAGCGCUUGGGAUGCUCACGAAGCAUAACCUCAAACCCCACGAUCCUCACUUCUCCGCCGUCUACCAAGCCGUCCAGUACGCUAAGCGAACCAGCAACCUUACGAUAACCUACGGACGGCCGAAAACGAGUGGUAAUACUGGUUUUGAGGACGGAUACGGGUUCUGGGGGUGCGUGGACGCGUCAUUUGCAUCGGAUCCUGACACCAUGAGAAGCCGUACAGGAUAG